AUGCACAAGUAUCAGGAUCCACGGACAAUCUACAAACCAUCGGAUAUUAUUAACGAUGUUCGUCGAGAGUACAGAGUAGUCAUGAGCUACCAUAAGGCCUGGAAGGCUAAAGAAUGCGCAUUGGAGGAUUUAAUGGGCUCGGCAGAGGAAAGUUAUGCUAAAUUAGUUAAGUAUUGCCAUAACAUGGAGAUAACUAAUCCUGGCUCGGUAUUUUUUAUUGAGACGGAGGCCGAUAACUACUUCAAAUUCUUCUUUACGGCUCCUGGACGAUUUGAUAACGAGAAUGAUCUGUUGAUACGUUGGUUCUUCGCAAAGCUCAGGAAAGUAAUCGAAGAAGUCGAGGACCUUGCAUUUGUCAUUGAUCAGAGACAGUCUCUAAUAAAUGGUAUUGCUGAAGUUUUUCCCGAUGCACAUCAUGAAUAUUACAUGUACCAUAUACAAGGCAACUUGAAGACCAGGAAGCAAAUCAUUCCCAGCAUGAGACUAUCUAACAAAAAUGGGAUUGAACAUUGGGUGCGCUCAUAUUUUCCAGGACGUCGAUACAACUUGAUGAUGUUAAACAACGCGGAGUCUCUCAAUGCAUUAUUUAAGAGGGAUCGAGAGUUACCCAUUCUCACACUGAUUGAGAAUAUCAGUACGAAACUGCAGCAGUGA